AGGUUAUGCCAGAAUCUUUAGAAUUACCAGCGGAAUAUGCGCGUUACCACCGACUACUUACAAUUGGGAAUUUUACUGCUAGCUUAUCGUCCCAGCAACAAAAGGCUCUAGGCAGAUUCCAGAGGAGACUACCCAGAGUGCCGCUGGACCGGAGACCAAAAAGGAGCUGGAGAGAGUGGAGGCGGAACUGGAGCAAGAUAGGCAACCCCCCCCCCCAAGGGAAGCCCCACCCUACUGCGGAAGUGCAGUGAAUGCCAUCUGUGAUGAACUCUCAUGAAGCCGCACACGGGAGCUGACGUCCACAGUCCGCAGGAGACACCACUGCAGACCCAGGACAGUAGAGGAGCAGGGUCUUCUUCAAACACUGGAGACUUACCCUCCCCCUGACCCAAAUAACAUCCCACAUCAGUCACCAGCAAUGUCCAGUCGCAGGAAAUCCUCCACCCCCUGCAUGAUCCGGGUUAGUGACAUAAUAGAGCAGGAUGACUCUGAAGAAAUGGAAGUGUCCACUGCCAAUGUGACCAACAAUGGUUCUUCAGAGUCUGUGGAAAAUCAAUACCAUACACUACAAGACACUAUAGAAGAUCUAGGAAGUGAGAUUGAAACAAAAGUUGCGGUGGAAGCUGAUCCUAUGCCCCAACUGAGGCAGCAUGGAAGUUAUGAGUGCAAAUACUGUCCUUUCUCCACCCAGAAACUCAACGACUUCAAAGAGCACGUAGACUCCAGUCACCCCAAUGUCAUACUCAACCCCCUCUAUCUGUGUGCCGUGUGCAACUUCAGCACCAAAAAGUUUGACUCUCUUACAGACCACAAUGAGACCCAACACCCUGGAGAGACCAACUUCAAGUUCAAGAGGGUAAAAAUAAAUAACCAGACUAUCUUGGAGCAGACAAUCGAAGGCAAGACCAAUUCAGUUUUCUGCAAUACUGUAGACGGACAAGGCGUUGUCACUUUUCCACCGAGCAAACCAAUUACGGUGAAUAUCGGAAAGCCAAACAUGGACAACAUACAGUCCCUCUACCAAGGGAAUGAUUUGGAAAAGAGGUUGGAAAACUUUAUUCCAAAAGAUCAAAUCACAGCUGUGAACAUAAACGGCACAAUAAUCAUCCCUGAACCAACAAUCAUUCAAGGGCACUCGUAUGUAAUGCCAUUGCUUCAAAGACCACCCAACUUCUGUUCUGUACCAACAAUUGCUGUUCCUCUGAAUUCCACCAAAUAUAAUCCUUCACUGGACAAUAACACAACCCUAAUGACAUCUUUUAACAAAUUCCCUUACCCAACCCAUGCUGAGCUGUCCUGGCUAACUGCUGCGUCCAAGCACCCAGAGGAGCAAAUAAAGGUGUGGUUCACUACCCAACGGCUAAAGCAAGGCAUCACCUGGUCACCAGAGGAAGUCGAGGAAGCCAGGAAGAAAAUGUUUAAUGGCUCCAUCCCACCCAUACAUCAGACCUUCACCGUUCUGCCUACCCCAAUUUCUCAGCCUGCCAAAGCCACCCAGCCCCUUAUUCAGACUAGCUUUGGGCAGUCUAAUCUAGUACUGACAAGUAUUGCUAAUGGAUCAACCAUGACCUGUGCUCCUGUUGCAGUGACUGUAGCCAGUUUUGUGCAACCUCUCAAGCGACCCCUGACAACUCCUUCAUUCGCCCCAGAAUUAAAGCGCCCCAUGGCGGCCCCUGCAGAAGACCCAAAGGAGAAGAUACUAAUGGCCCCACCUCCAGUUCCACAAAAAGAGAGACUUCCCAUGGCCCCACCUCCAGUGCCCCCAGAAUUAAAGAGAUCUGUAGCAUUUCCUAUUAUCGCCUCGGAGAUGAAAAGGUCCUUGGCAGCACCUCUCAUGGUUUCUAAAGGAAAACUGCCCUUGGCCACUCCACUUGUGAACCCCAAAAACAAGCUGCCAAUGGCACCUUCUCCAGUCUUCCCUAAGAUGAAGAGACCUAUUGUCACCCCUCAAUUCAAGAGUUACAUGCUGCCUCCUCCUUCAUUAGUUUCCAAAGACAAACUUCCAAUCACCCACUCUCUAUUGGCUUCAGACUUAAAGUUACCAAUCUCACCCACUCUCAUUGCCCCUCAAGUGAGGAGGCCAACAAUAAUCCAGUCAGUGUGGACUCCCCUCAAGGGCCCGUUCCAACUCCCUAGCUUUUACCAAGACAGCAAGAAAACAAAAACGCAAAUAACAGAGAUGAAGGCCAGAUAUGUCAGAGGACGUCUCUCAGAGGACAAAGUGCUCACCCCUCUUGGGGAAGCCAAUGGUGUCUCUCGUGGGGAUGCAAAGUGGGUUCAUGACCAAGGGCCUCAUGCACAGAACGGCAUUCUACAGUUGUACAACGAGCUAGCAUCGAAACCAGAACAGCAACAAUCAGUUCAGACUCAAUUUCCACUCUUGGAGAGAAUGAAAGGGAAGACUUCUGAGCAGUUGAAGAUUCUAGAAGAGAACUUCCAGAGAAACAGCUCUCCAACAUACAAUGACGUUGACAAUCUAGUGACUGCAACCCAACUGUCGCGGGAGGAAAUUGACAGCUGGUUUUUAGAGCGCCGGGCGCUGCGUGACAACCUUGAACAAGCUCUUCUAAACUCCAUGGGCUCAAAGAGACUCAACGUUGAUAAGCGGCAGCAGCAACACGGACCGCUGAAUGGUGUGCGCAAGCAAGGUGGCCAUCCAAGAAGCUCUCCCUUUGCCAUCAUUGCCCCCACCACCACUUGCUCAGUGCCUCUAGACAGCAAAUCCUUGGCUCUUCUCAAGGAUGUUUUUGCACAAACUCGGUGGCCUUCCCCUGAAGAAUACAAUCAGCUUGAGGCCCAGACAAGCCUGGCUCGCACAGAAAUCGUCCGCUGGUUCAAGGACAGUAGGUCAGCACUGAAGAGUGGGACCUUGGAGUGGAUGGAGUUUUUCCAUAAACUGAACAGCAGUGGGCAAAAUGGCGAGGGGGCGCUACUGAGCACAGAGAAUGCUUUCAGCAUAAUCCAGCGCUACCAGGAAGUAAAGGCACCCAAGGUGGAGGAUAUUGGGAGGCUAACGAAGCAUGCCAGUCUUAGCAGCCAGGAGAUCAAGGAAUGGUUUGCCAGCAAAUUGAGACAAAACACAUCUGAUAUCAGCCAGAAUUGUGGCCAAAAUGGUGGCUCUCGAGAGGGGUUCGGGAGCUGGAUAGAGGAAACCAAGGGGAUGGAUGCACGCGUGGGUGCUAAGGAGCUGGUCACGGACAAAGACAGGAUGAUGGAGGAUGCUUCUGGAAGGGUGACUGGAUAAAGGGUGAGAACCGUUGCCACUGUCAGUUGCACACAGGAGCUGAAAAGGAAAGAGUUUAAUUAUUGAAUAUUGUAUUUUCUGAACAAAUUAUUUCUUGCUUGUUCCAUCCCAGUUUGUGCCCAACAUUUCCUCAAGGUUGAGUUAACUUUGUAGAACGUUUUCAAAAACAUGGUGGUAAUGUUGUGUGUGAUUUAGGAUGAGGUAGAAGGCACAGUGCACUGAAUGUGUGCCUGAAGCACUGACCAGGUGGUGAUCGUUGAGUGCCAAAGCUGGAUUUGCUGUGUUAUUACACUUUUAAAAAAAGGGUUCUUGUAAAUAUAUUUUUUCUGUGUUGCUACAGAUUUGUACAAUUUUGGGGGAAUUUUGUUACAUUUUAUAAUGGGAGCAAUUGCCCCUUUUUUUCGCUCCAGCGGAUCUUAGUGGUCUGUCCUACAUUUUGUAAUGAAACACCAUGAACCACUACAACCGUUGGCAAUACUUCAGUCCGUUUUCCAAUGCUGAACUUCCGUUCCCUCCUGUCAGGUGGACUUAUAUCAAAUCAAACUAUUUACGGUUCUGAAGUGCUAUUGUACUCCCUGGACUCUAAGCCAACCUGCACUUUGGUAAGGAACAUGCUUGUUUGACCAAGUGAUGUUGUGGAUCAUUGUUAGAGAAAAGAAACGGUCAGUGGCAAAACCAGAAAGAAAUAAUCACAUUGAAACAAAUCCAGAAUCAUGCUGCCUGCCUGCAUCAUAUUCUAAUCUUUCUCUUUUGAUUUAUUUGUUGUCCUGCAAAUGAACAUACACAUCUGUAAUAGCCUUUAUACCUACGUACAUGUUGACUUAAUAGAAGUAGUGCUAGUUCCAUUCCGACAUUUAGAAACAAACCAAUACAAGCUCUUUAUGUACCGCUUUAGUGUCAUGGUCAAGACAUAGUGCCUUCGAGAAAGUAUUCAGACCCCUUGACAUUUUCCACAUUUUGUUACGUUACAGCCUUAUUCUAAAAUUGAUUAAAUAAAUAAAACAUUUCAGUAAUCUGCACUAGAGGUCGACCGAGCAUGAUUUUUCAACGCCGAUACCGAUUAUUGGAGGACCAAAAAAAGCCGAUACCGAUUAUUCGGCCAAUUUAUUAUUAUUUAUUUUUUUGUAUUUUGUAUUUUGUAAUAAUGACAAUUACAACAAUACUGAAUGAAUACUUAUUUUAACUUAAUAUAAUACAUCAAUAAAAAUCCAUUUAGCCUCAAAUAAAUAAUGAAACAUGUUCAAUUUGGUUUAAAUAAUGCAAAAACAACGUGUUGGGGAAGAAAGUAAAAGUGCAAUAGGUGCCAUGUAAAAAAAAAACUAACGUUUAAGUUCUUUGCUCAGAACAUGAGAACAUAUGAAAGCUGGUGGUUCCUUUUUAAAAUGAGACUUAAAUAUUCCAAGGUAAGAGGUUUUAGGUUGUAGUUAAUAUAGUAUUUAUAGCACUAGUUCUCUCUAUACCAUUUGUAUUUCAUAUACCUUUAACUAUUGCAUGUUCUUAUAGGCACUUUAGUAUUGCCAGUGUAACAGUAUAGCUUCCGUCCCUCUCCUCGCCCCUACCUGGGCUCGAACCAGGAACACAUCAACAACAGCCACCCUCGAAGCAUCGUUACCCAUCGCUCCACAAAAUCCACGGCCCUUGCAGAGCAAAGGGAACAACUGCUCCAAGUCUCAGAGCGAGUGACGUUUGAAAUGCUAUUAGCGCACACCCCGCUAACUAGCUAGCCAUUUCACAUCGGUUACACCAGCCUAAUCUCAGGAGUUGAUAGGCUUGAAGUCAUAAACAACUCAAUGCUUGAAGCACAGCGAAGAGCUGCUGGCAAAACGCACGAAAGUGCUGUUUGAAUGAAUGCUUACGAGCCUGCUGCUGCCUACCACCGCUCAGUCAGACUUCUCUAUCAAGUCAUAGACUUAAUUAUAAGAUAACACACAGAAAGACGAACCUUUUGGUCAUUAAUAUGGUCGAAUCAGGAAACUAUCAUUUUGAAAACAAAACGUUUAUUUCAGUGAAAUACGGAACAGUUCCAGAUUUGAUCUAACGGGUGGCAUCCCUAAGUCUAAAUAUUGCUGUUACAUUGUACAACCUUCAAUGUUAUGUCAUAAUUACGUAAACUUCUGGCAUAUUAGUUCGCAACGAGCCAGGCAGUCCAAACUGUUGCAUAUACCCUGACUGCAUGCAAUGAACGCAAGAGAAGUGAGACUAUUUCACCUAGUUAAUAUUGCCUGCUAACCUGGAUUUCUUUUAGCUAAAUAUGCAGGUUUAAAAAUAUAUGCUUCUGUGUAUUGAUUUUAGGAAUCACUCCUUGGUGUUUAUGGUUAGGUACAGUCGUGCAACAAUUGUGCUUUUUUUUCACAAAUGUGCUUUUGUUAAAUCAUCCCCCGUUUGGGCUAUCUUUGUUAGGAAGAAAUAGUCUUCACACAAUUCGCAAACGAGCCAGGCGGCCCAAACUGCUGCAUAUACCCUGACUCUGUUGCAAGAGAAGUGACACAAUUUACCUAGUUAAAAUAAUUCAAAGGUUGAAAAAAAAAAAAUACUGCUUUCCGAUUAUGAAAACUUGAAAUCGGCCCUAAUUAAUCGGCCAUUCCAAUUAAUUGGUCGACCUAUAAUCUGCACACAGUACCCCAUAAUGGCAAAGUGAAAACAGGUUUUUAGAAAUGUUUGCAAAUGUAUUAAAAAAUAGAAAAACCUUAUUUACUUAAGUACUCAGACCCUUUGCUAUGAGACUCAAAAUUGGGUGCAUCCCGUUUCCGUUGGUCAUCCUUGAGAUGUUUCUACAACUUGAUUCGAGUCCACCUGUGGUAAAUUCAAUUGAUUGGACAUGAUUUGGAAAGAGACACACCGGUCUAUAUUAGGUCCUACAGUUCAUAGUGCAUGUCAGAGCAAAAACCAAGCCAUGAGGUCGAAGGAAUUGUCUGUAGAGUGCCGAGACAGGAUCGUGUCGAGGCACAGAUCUGGGGAAGGGUACCAAAACAUUUCUGCAGCAUUGAAGGUCUCCAAGAACACAGUGGCCUACAUCAUUCUUAAAUGGAAGACGUUUUGAAUCAUCAAGACUCUUCCGAGAGCUGGCUGCCCGGCCAAACUGAGCAAUCGGGAGAAGUGCCUUGGUCAGGAAGGUGACCAAGAACCCGAUGGUCACUCUGAAAGAGCUCCAGAGUUCGUCUGUGGAGAUGAUUGUCCUUCUGGAAGGUUCUCCCAUCUCUGCAGCACUCCACCAAUCAGGCCUAUAUGGUAGAGGGGCCAGACGGAAGCCACUCCUCAGUAAAAGGCACAUGACAGCCUGCUUGGAGUUUGCCAAAAGGCACCUAAAGACUCUCAUACCAUGACAAUCAAGAUUCUCUGGACUGAUGAAACCAAGAUUCAACACUGUGGCCUGAAUGCCAAGAGUCACGUCUGUCGGAAACUUGGCACCAUCCCUACGGUGAUGCAUGGUGUUGGCAGCAUAAUGCUUUGGAUGUUUUUCAGUAGCAAAGACUGGGAGACUAGUCAGGAUCAAGGCAAAGAUGAACAGAGCAAAGUAUUGAGAGAUCCUUGAUGAAAACAUUCUCAGGACCUCCGACUAGGGUGUAGAUUCAACUUCCAACAUGACAACGCAAGAGUGUCUUCGGGACAAGUCUCUGAAUGUCCUUGAGUGGUCCCGCCAGAGCCCGGACUUGAACCUGAUCGAACAUCUCUGCAGAGACCUAAAAAUAGCUGCGCAGCAACACUCCCCAUUCAACCUGGCAGAGCUUGAGAGGAUCUGCAGAGAAGAAUGAGAGAAACUCCCCAAAUACAGGUGUGCCUAGCCUGUAGUGUCAUACCCAAGAAGACUCGAGGCUGUAAUCCCUGCCAAAGGUUUUCAACAAAGUACUGAGUAAAGGGUCUGAAUACUUUAUGUAAAUAUGAUAUUUCAGGUUUUUUAAUUAGCAAAAAUGUUCCUGUUUUUACAUUCUCAUUAUGGGGUAUUGUGUGUAGAUUGGGGGGGGGGGGACUAAUCCAUUUUAGAUUAAGGCUGUAACUUUACAAAAUGUGGAAAGUCAAGGGGUCUGAAUACUUUCCGAAGGCACUGUAUAACAAGAAAUACUCCACUUAUACCAAGAUCCUGCUUACUCUUUUCAAAAACCAGUUGUCUGCUGUAAUCCAAUAAAA